AUGAAGAGCUUAUUAGUUUUGGUUCUCGCUGUAACGUGUGUUGUGGGCAAAUAUGAUCCAGGCCUAAGGGUGAAGUUCAAUGUUGGUUUCAAUCCCGGGACCAACUUCUUCUUCAACGUGCCCCGCACCAUCGCCGCAGCUAUCCAUGACCACUGGUCUCUCACCCCCAGGCCUGCUGGACCUCUGUCCUCACUGUCCAUGUACUGUCACCCAGACCUCACAGUGUGCGCUCUCUUUGACGACAACGGACAUGCUGCUGGACUACAAAUUGCGUUGGAUCAAACCGAGCUGAAGAAUAACAGAUAUGACAUGAAACAAACUGGAUUUGUCGAAUGGGCAGUGACAUUGAGAGACGGCAGCAUUCGAAGAUUCUGGGCCAUUCAGAUGUAUUUCGUGAACCAAGAAUACCUGAACCUGCCUGCCUCUGAUCGCGAGGCCAGUUAUGAUGACUCCAAGUUACUUCAACAAGAUGCUCUGUGGGUGACCGGCUUCAAUGGAACUGUAGAUAGAAUUUCUUCUAAAGACUCUGACAUACAGAACAGUGUAUUCACCAGACAAGCUUGCAUCCCCUGGAUGGGUCGUCACUAUUACCAUAAAAUGACAAAAUCGAUUCAAUGUCGUGCUGAUACUAUGUACCCCUGGUUCCCCCUCACGGACUCCGGAAACCUCAUUGCUGUUGGCAUGAUGGUUAUUGGCAGCUAUCCCGUCAAAGAGUCACGAGAUUGGUUUGAACACCCUCCUAGAUUAGCUGUUUCGACCAUCGUCCCUGAAGGCCCUGAAUGCCUGUAUCAACUGGCUGAAAACCCAGGAGUAACCACAAUGCACGUGUACUUCAUCAAUACACCCUGGGGUGUAGGAUGCCCACUGUGGAAGAAAUAA